AUGCGACUCGCGACAAGACUGAGUGCACUGGCCUUGUAUGCUACGACGACCGUCGUCGCCUUCUGGGAUGCGGGCCACGAGACCGUCGCUGAGAUUGCGACGCAGCUCUUGCCCAAGGACGAUGUGGUGACGCUCAACUCCAUUCUUAGCCGCUGGAAUAGCCAGUUUCCCAACACGGGCGAGCUCACGACGGCGGCGAUCUGGCCCGAUCUGAUCAAGUGCAGCUCCAAGGCGCCGUAUUGCCCGUCGCCGCUGCUGCCGUCGCUCUACUGGCUCGACGAGUGGCACUACCUCGACUUGCCGCUGAACGUCAACGGCUCGGAUUGGCACGGCCUCACGUCCAAGGACGGGGACAAGCUCAUCGCUGCGUCGAUCGGCGGCAAGGCCAUCGACACGCUCAACAACGCGCUCUCGACGUUUGGGAAAACGGGCUCCAACUGGUCGGCCAACUUGAUGCUGCGGUUCCUUUUGCACACGUUUGGCGACGUGCACCAGCCGCUGCACACGGUCGCCGGCAUCUCGGCCGACUUUCCCAACGGCGACAACGGCGGCAACAGCUACCAGUUUGCGCAGCCAUGUGCGAUGGGCUCCAACCUCCACGGGAUCUGGGACAGCGGCGCCAAUUUGUACCCGGUCAAUUGGAGCCCCAACGUCAACGACCCGAACCGGCUUGAGAUUACCAAGAACGCGACGACCCUCAUCGCCAAGUUCCAAGGCCAGUCCGAUGCGCUCAACUUUGCCCAGUUUGCGGGGCUAUCGUACCCGGACUUUCUCAAGGCGAUGAAGAAGACGGGGAUCCCGUCCGUUUUUUUCGAGUCCUAUGACCUCGCGCGCACGGUCGUGUACAAGGGCAUUGACUUGACCGUCACGAACGGCAAGGUACCGUGCCCGACGCCCGAGUACCAGGCCAAGCUCCUCUCGACGUUCGAGCAACGCGUGUACACGGCCGGCUCGCGGCUCGCGGUGAUUUUGAGUCAAGUCGCCAAGCAACUCCGGUCCGCGACGCUCUUGUAA